GCCAUGUUGGAGCAUCGGAGGCGGCGCAGAGGUGCGUCCUGGGUCCCCGCGGCGGCGCCGGUGCCAAGUGCUGAUUUACGGAUACCUAGGCAGAUCUGCAGUGCCUAAUGCCAUGAGUGUGGUGGUGCAGCAUGUGGAGGAAAAAGCUGUGCACUCCUGGUCUCGCAUCUCCACAGCAGGAAAGAAGGCCCUGGAAGAGGCGCUGCUUGUCUUUAACCCCAUGAGCCAGGAUCUCAGUGCCACAGAGGCCCAGCUUGUGGCCUUUCUACAGGGUCUGCGAGAUGAUGGCUUCCAACCUACCAUUCUGCGCAGUGGUGAUGUCUAUGGGUAUAGUUCAUGUACAGCCAACCCUCCAAGCCAGACGAAACUACAGGCUCGUGCCCCCAUCCCAGCUGCCACAUCACCUCCAGUCAGUGCUCCCCGAACUGCCAUUCAGCUGCCCUCAGGCAGGGCCACAUUGCUUCCCAUGCCACUGUCUGGCAGGCUGGCCAAAGGGUCCACACCAACCCUCACCAAACAUGCUACCACCAAUCUGCUGCUGAGCUCCCUGAAGCAGUCAAGUGCCAGCCGUGCCAAGGGUGCAACAGUGGGCUUCCCUGCUCACCUCUAUCCAAGUGUCUACCCUGCUAUGCGGCUUUCAGUUGUCCUUGAGGCUCUGGUUCCACUCAAGACUCCCAUGCCUUGCUUAGGUGCUAAGCACAAGGCACAGUCACUAAGACUUUCACUUGCAGACUCUCCCCUGAAAUUGCGGAAAGGUUCAGGGAAGGGUCCAGGGAACCCCCAGCCCAAAGCUCCCAGAAAAACAAACAAGGGCCCCAAGUGUCUGACUCGCAAAGGCCCUGGGGCUGGACCCCAACGAGGCACUGGGCUCCAGAGCAAGACUUACAGAACCACUGGUUCCCUCAGUGAUCUGCAAAUGAAAGGGGGCUCUGCCCUGAGCACUAAAUCAGACCAGGCCAAGGCAGCUCAAACAGUGUCCAAAGCUGCCUAUGCCCAUGCCAAGGCAGCCAAAGCUGAUGCAGCACAAGUCAAGGCUAAGGCCAAGGCAGUCCAGGCUAAGGCCAAGGCAGUGCAGGCCAAGGCAGUCAAGGACAAGGCUAAGGCAGUCAAGGCCAAGGCCAAGGCAGUCAAGGCCAAGGCAGUCAAGGCCAAGGCAGUCAAGGCCAAGGCCAAGGCAGUCAAGGCCAAAGCAGCUCAGACCCAGCCCAAGGGCAGGGGCAGGCCAAAGGGAUCUGCUCAGGCCAGAACUGCAAGGAAGGGCCAGAAAACCUACUCUGAGACUGUGGGGCAGAAGAGGAAAAGGGCUGAGGAAGCAAAGGACCUUCAUCCUAAGAAGAGAACACGGCUGGGGCCCCGAUCUCCUAAGUCAUGGCUGGGGUCAGCAACAGCAAAGCUCCUAAAGUUCCGGGCCAUAAAGGUAGACAGGCAGUCCUCAGAUGAUGAGGUUCGACAGCGGGCCCAACAGAUACUCCGUGUGAACCUGUCUCCUAUAAUAUGGCUCCAGCCAUUGCUGCCAUACUCAACAGCCUGAUUCCUUCAUACAGCAAUAUUUGAGAAAAUAGCCCAACUGUGUGUGUGGCCAGUGGCACAGUGUGCCAUGCCUGUGGACUCUGCAACUUUGAGGAUUCUGGGUACCUCUCCAGGGCCCCUGCGGCUGCCAGUCUCCUUUCAGAAACUGGAGGAUUUGUGGUGGGGUGGGUAGUGGGAGGGGUGUUCUUAUGGCGCAAUGCACUGUGACUUGUUCUUCAAGUUGUAUGUCCACUGUUCCAUCUAUCAUGUUUUAUACCUUUCCACCUUCCAGUC